UCCAAGGAGGUGGUCAGAGCUGCAGGAGCACAAUUUAAACUGCAAGGCAACUUUCACUUGAAAUUGUAGAGCUAGUUUAGCAUUGGGAAAACACAUCUCUUUCAAAACUUUUAAGCUCUGAGAAAACUUUUAUUUUGUAUUUUUUAUUAGUCUAUGGGACAUAACUGGCGGAUAUAAAAGCUGGAUAGUUUAUGCCCAAACAGCAAGAAAGCGCGUAACAUUUUAGAGCUUGUUUACAUUUUUAAUUUGAUAUUUAAUAAGCUGAAGUGAACGUUUCAUAAUCAAAAAUAAAUAUAAUGUGAUAACCCGUGCAUUAUGAAACGAAGUAAUCUAACAUUUCAGCUCCCUCUUCUCCGCCUUACUUUUUCUUGAAGAGAUAUUGCGAGUUGUAAAAAAAAAAAAAAAAAAAAGAAAAAAAAAAAGAAAAGAUAACAGUUUGGGAGGUUUUCAAUGCAGAUGACUUUAGUUGGAAUAAAAUUUUGUUAAGAGUAAUUGAAAACAGCUUCAAUUUCAGACACAUACGGUAUUGGGUAAUUUCUACAGCGUUUUCUUUUUGUUUUUUGUAUGUUCGUUUUAAGAAUGGAUAGAUUGAGGAUUUUCGUUCUAAUGGUGUUAGUCGCAAUGCUGAUUGGACUCUGUGACUCUCAAAGGGAUUCUGGAAGAAGACUCGAGAGCACAGGUACACGAGGUACCUGGAGCCAGUCGCGAGCCAGGAGUCAGGGCAAUAAUUACUCAGCUAGAGUGCAUGGUCUGUAUCGCACGAAUGGUCCUGUUACAGCCCGUGUAUUUAACCCUUCACAUUCUCAUACCAACGGUUCUCAUUCGGGACGGGCAAAUCACCCAGCAGCAGCCCUGCUGUCAAAGCAAGAAAAUAAACCUGCAGUCCCAGUGAAAAGCAUCGUCCCUACGGCACCGCCAGUAAAGGAUGCUUUACCCCAGAAGAAUGGCUCUACCAUAGCCCGGGAGGCAAUCCCAGCAUCACUGAAACAGCGAGUGGUGGCUCAUUCCUCCAGGUUCAGAACCAGGCAGAUUGCCAGGCAGAACCCUGCUAACAACGGAGACUCCAAACAGAAGAUUGCAGCACCUAGCCGUCCCGUGGGACCCAAUGUGUGUGGAGGACGUUGCUGCACGGGAUGGGCCAUAGCUCCCGGCACGAAUCGAUGCAUAAAACCUGAUUGCAACCCACCUUGCCAGAACAGGGGCUCCUGCAGCCGACCCCAGACCUGUGUUUGUCGCUCUGGGUUCCAGGGCUUCAGGUGUGAAGAGAGGGCCCCCGAGCAGGUGUAUGUCCUAGAUGGCUCAUCCAGGGUCUAUCAGCCUGUCCGUCCCGCUACACCCUUAUCAGACAGGAGAAAAACAGGAAAUACCCAGAAAAGGAACGACACAGGGAGUCAAACUGAAAGCGCUACCCAGGCUUCUAGACAACGACCUGUGUCCACAGGCCAAGGGCCUUCCACAACACACGACAGAAGAGGGCAGGCUGGGUCCUCUUCACAACACACUGGGGCUUCCCGCACAGUCAAGCGUUACCCAUCAUCUACUGGACAGAUCACCUCCAACGCUCUGCCUAAUGGCAACCACAAUCAGCCAGCCAGUGGACUUGGAACUGGGAACCUUAAUAAUGCCGUGGAACCAAGAGGAGCAAACCUGACGGCCAACAUUGACCGUAUAAAGAUUGUCUUCACCCCGAUGAUCUGCAAGAGGAGCUGUAACAAUGGUCAGUGCUACAACAGUUGUGAGAAAGGGGACACUACGACCGUUUACAGCGAAAACACCCAGAGCCACAUCUCAAAAGCAGGAUUUCGCAUCUAUUUCUGCCAGAUUCCCUGCAUGAACGGGGGGCGCUGCAUCGGACGAGACCAGUGCUGGUGCCCAUCGAACUCCACAGGGAAAUUCUGUCACCUUCCGGCGCCACAUCCAGAGAAACAACAUGCAGGCAAGGGGAGCAGUCACACUGCGAGCAAUUCAUCACAUUCCAUGUAUACCCUGCCGCUGUCUAACCAGCUAGCCUCCAUUUACCCUUCCCUGGUAAAUGUUCACAUUCAACACCCUCCUGAAGCGGGGGUGGAGGUCCACCAGGUGGCCCACGUGAAGCCGGGUCAGGUUCCUCCCAGAACGCAAGAGAACAGCGUUGAGGAACAGCAGCCUGUGCUCUCAGUGCAGCAGAUGUCCCAGCUAGCUAAUGGGAACGGACACUCCGAAGAUCACAGCCACACCAAUGGGAACAGCAUUGGGAAUGAAAAUGGGCACUCCAGACCGCAGAACAGACUCAACGGAUACAUAGGAAGAUGUUUCCAGGAAACCAUUGAUGGGCAGUGUGGUAAACCCCUUCCUGGACUGACCAAGCAAGACGAUUGCUGUGGCAGUAUUGGAGCAUCAUGGGGACUGAACAGGUGUACGCAAUGCCCUUCAAAACCAGCUUAUCCAGUGAUUGCAAAUGGCUUGGUUGAAUGUCCAAAGGGCUACAAGAGGAUGAACCAAACUCACUGUCAAGAUAUCAACGAAUGUCUCAUGCCUGGCAUCUGCAAGAACGCAGAGUGUCUGAACUCCCGAGGCAGCUACAGAUGUACCUGCAAACCUGGACACAUGCUGGACACCUCCCGUAGCCACUGCAUCUCGGACAAGGCUGUGUCCAUGGAGCGGGAAAUGUGCUUCCGUUCGCUCUCUGGAAGCUCCUGCUCCCUGCCUCUCACCCAGCACAUCACCAAACAGAUCUGCUGCUGCAGCCGCGUUGGCAAAGCGUGGGGCAAGGACUGCCAGAGGUGCCCGCUGCCUGACACAGAUCAUUUUAAAGAGAUCUGCCCCGCUGGUCAUGGCUACACAUACUCCAGGUCAGAUAUUCAGAUCUUGAUGAGGCAGGCAAAGGAGGAGGAAUUAGCAGCGGGCUCCGAUACUCGCCAGCACCACCACCAUACCCAUGACAACGGCCAUGAGACACCCAGGGUACCCAAAAAGGAGCAAGGAGGGAUUGGCCAAACCAAAAUACCUCCUGUUGUAACUGAAGCCACUCUCAAAUAUCCAGUGGUGAAGACAACCCCAGAUUCUCCCAUCCACCUGGACCCUGAGCCUGCCUCCCGGGACACGGCCCCCAUCAAUGUAGCGACCCAGGUCACAGAAAUCGACCGGUGUUCAGCUACACCCACUGUCUGUGGUCCAGGUGCCUGUAUCAGUGUGCAGGGUGGAUACACCUGCUACUGUAACCCUGGCUAUGAGCUCAAUACACUGCAGACCCGCUGCGUGGAUGUCGAUGAGUGUGAGAAGGACCCCUGCGAAGGAAAGGGACGCUGUGUGAACAAUGCUGGGUCCUUUAGCUGCUACUGUCACCCUGGAUACAGCCUGGUCAUCACACAGAACAAGAAGACAUGCCAAGAUAUUAAUGAAUGUGACUUGCCCAAUAUUUGCCCCGGAAGCAGUUGCAUCAACACGGCAGGUUCUUUCAGCUGUGACUGUGAAAACGGCUAUAUCAAAUCAAGGAGGGGGCCGUGCGAAGACGUCGACGAAUGCCGAAACCCCAGCGCCUGUCCCAGUGGAAGAUGUGUUAACACCCCCGGCUCCUUCCAGUGUGUGAGCUGUGGGACUGGGUACAAGGCUGUGAACGGGAGAUGUAUAGAUGAAAACGAAUGCCGUGUCCCUGGAGUCUGUACGAAUGGAAGGUGUAUCAAUCUGGAGGGCUCCUAUAGGUGUAGCUGCAGCCAGGGAUAUGAAACAUCUUCGGAUGGCAAGAGCUGCAAAGAUAUCAAUGAGUGUGCCACACACAAUGUAUGCCCCAAUGGACUGUGUACCAACACUGAAGGUUCCUACACAUGUUCUAACUGUAGACCUGGUUACAGGAUAUCUUCAGAUGGGGAGAGAUGUGAAGAUAUAAAUGAGUGUGGCUCAACGAAUGUGUGUCCAAAUGGAGUCUGCACAAAUACUGAGGGCUCUUUCACCUGCUCCAAGUGCAGGAAUGGGUACAGACUUUCUGAGGACAAGCAGAGAUGUGAAGACAUCAAUGAGUGUGCGUCACCCAGCAUGUGCCCCAGUGGAUUGUGUGCCAACAUGGAAGGUUCCUACUCCUGCACUGCUUGUCCUUCCGGGUACAGGGUAUCUGCAGACAGGCAAAACUGCGAAGAUAUCAAUGAAUGCUUAUCCCCUGAUGUGUGCCCCUCUGGAAUCUGCAUCAACACUGAAGGUUCUUUCUCCUGCACUAACUGCAGAGCUGGGUACAGGAUAGCUGUAGAUGGACGUAGAUGUGAAGAUAUCGAUGAGUGUGCUUUGCCUGACGUGUGCCCUAAUGGGGUCUGUCGGAAUAAUGAGGGGUCGUACUCCUGUACGAUCUGUGGGACUGGGUACAGGACAGCUGCAGACAGGAGUAGCUGUGAAGACAUUGAUGAGUGUGCAUUGCCAGAUGUUUGUCCCAAUGGGCUUUGCAGGAAUAAUGAAGGAUCCUUUUCUUGCACAAACUGUAGACCUGGUUUCAGGGUAUCUGCAAAUGGGCGUUCAUGUGAAGAUAUCGAUGAGUGUGCUUUGCCAGAAGUGUGUCACAAUGGGCACUGUGUGAACAAUGAAGGUUCGUACUCCUGCACAACCUGUGGGACUGGGUACAAGAUCACUGCUGAUGGCUUCAGCUGUGAAGAUGUUAACGAGUGCUCAUCUCCAGAGAUCUGUCCCAGCAGAGUCUGCGUAAACACUGUGGGGUCCUUCUCCUGCAUGGCCUGUGAUAGUGGCUACACAGUGUCUGAUGACAGAAGCAAGUGUGAAGAUAUAAAUGAAUGCGAGGAUAUCAGCCGCAGCUGUUUGGGUGGAGAAUGCACAAACACUCCCGGAUCCUUCAUCUGCGCUUGUCGCCAAGGCUUCAAGCUCAUCGGAGGAACCGUUUGCAUUGAUGUAAACGAGUGCCUGACUUUGGAUAUCUGUGGCUCCAAUGGCGAGUGUAUGAAUAGCGAGGGCUCCUAUUUCUGUGUCUGCUCUUCAGGGUACGCCACCACAGCUCAUGGAGUUGGCUGUCAAGAUGUUGAUGAGUGCAGAGAGGGGAGCGUGUGUUCCAGAGGGCAGUGUUUGAACUCUGAUGGGUCCUAUCAGUGCCUCUGUGAAGCCGGAUUUGAAUAUUCGCAGGAAACCAGAGACUGCGAAGAUAAGGACGAGUGUAAAGAGUAUGGAAGCAGUGUCUGUGGCAGCUGGCACUGUGAGAACACACUGGGCUCAUACCGCUGCUUCAAGGGCUGCCAGCCUGGGUUCAACACUGGACCAGAUGGAGAGUGUGACAUUGAUGAGUGCAUUAAUGAGACCAUCUGUGGCAGCCACGGUUUCUGUGAGAACACGGAUGGCUCGUACACGUGCCUCUGUGACAGGGGCUUCGAAAACCCACCUGGGACUCCAGGAUGUGUUGACAUCAAUGAGUGUGAGGUGAUCACAGCGGUGUGCGGGACUGCUUUCUGUGAGAACGUGGAGGGCACCUUCCUGUGUAUCUGCUCCGGCGAUGAUGAGGAAUUCGACCCAGAGACCAGCCAAUGCCGGAGCAGGGCGCUGAUUGGAUAUGGGAGCGUAGUGGACACACCAGUGGUGGCUGCCUCUAGCGGAGAGAGGAAGGAGUGUUAUUACAACCUGGACGAUGCCAAUUUCUGCGAGAACGUGCUGUCCCGGAACACCACCAAGCAGGAGUGCUGCUGUACUGUGGGCUCCGGCUGGGGGGACGACUGUGAGAUCCACCCCUGCCCAAUCACUGGGGGAGAUGAAUACAAUGAGCUCUGCCCACAAGGGAAUGGAUUCUUAUCAAUGGAAGGCACGUCCUUUGGCUUUGGGCAACUGAUCUAUAAAGAUGCGGAUGAAUGUGUAAUGUUUGGUUCCGAAAUCUGUAAAAACGGUCUCUGUGCAAAUAUCGAGCCUGGCUACUCCUGUUACUGCCGAGUGGGAUACUAUUAUGAUACCAUCCGCCUGGAAUGUGUUGAUCACAACGAGUGUCAGGAGGAGGAUACCUGUGUGGAUGGAGAGUGUGUGAACACGCCCGGGUCCUUUAAUUGUUUCUGCAGCCCUCCACUUGUCCUGGAUGUAACACGCAGACGCUGCAUCAACGCAAACUUCACAUCAGACGAUCUGGAUAGUGAGGAAGACAUCCACUUGGAUAUCUGCUGGGAGGAGGUGUCUAGCGAGUACAUGUGCUCGAGACCCCUUACAAGCAGACGGACCACCUACACAGAGUGCUGCUGUCUCUAUGGUGUAGCCUGGAGCAAUGACUGUGCCUUUUGCCCAAUGAGGAGCUCAGCGGAUUAUGCAGCGCUGUGUAACCUUCCAAGGACAGAUGGCCUGGGGGCAGAUGGUCUCAGAGACAGACCAGGCUACGAAUAUGGACCAGAUGGACCUUUAUAUGGGCCAGGCUAUUUGGAUCUUGGAAAUAGCCCUUAUUACAACAACCCGGGACCAGAGUAUGGACCCCAGGACCCUGUCCCUUUGACCCCUUUUAGGAACCCCAGCAAUGAAUAUGAGUUCAGAGGGUCCCCGCCUCUUCGAACAAAUCAACCGCAAGAUUUCCAGCCUCAGUUUGUAAACCCUUAUGCUGACAGGUUCGAUGGGUUUGAAGGAUUGCAGGCUGAGGAAUGUGGGAUUUUGAAUGGCUGUGAGAAUGGCCGCUGUGUGAGAGUGCGGGAGGGUUACACCUGCGACUGCUUUGAUGGCUUUGAGCUUGAUUUAAACAAAAUGCUCUGCAUUGAUAUAAAUGAAUGUAAAGACAUUAGCGAACAAAACUCCCUGUGCAAAAAUGGCAGGUGCGUGAACACGGAGGGAUCGUAUAAAUGUGUGUGCUUGCCAGGAUUCCUGGCAUCGCCGCAGCCGGAUCACUGCAUUCCCGAAGAGCCUAAAGCCCACAGCAUGGAGGCGGAGCAGUGAAACAGGAAGGGGAGGAGUCCAGCCCUCAUUUACACAGAAUCCCACUGGAAACCCACAGGGCCUGGCUGUAAAUUACGGGGGAGAAAAAACAUAGCAAAGAAGAACUUGGGUGGACUCAAGAUCUGAAGUGAAUGUAUUGCAUGGGAUUUCUAACUUUGUUGCCUUUUAAAGGGAUUUAAUAAAACAGGACUCUUUAAUGGUUCCAAGCAAAACCACAUUCAUAUUAAAAGGUUUAUUUUCAAUCUGUACACCACUACUAAUCAUGGGCCCGGGCAUAAUGUACAUUCAAGCUUAGACUAAUAUCCAAAAUAGUACUUGUUAGGAUGUUAGGAUGUUUUCUCUUCUUUUUUUAUAAUUUAUUUUUUUAGAGUUUACAGCAGUUUUUAAAAAGAAAAUAAAUAUUGCUAAAUUAUAUGAUGUAAAAAAAAAAUGUAACUCCACCUUCUAAUAAAGCUUUGAUCUGUUUUGGAUUUGGAUCCAAAGGGUACAAAUGGAUCUGUUAACACAUCAUGUUUUAUUUAAGUUUUGCAAAACUUGUAUCCGCUUAACACUGUAACACUUGUUAACCUUUUAAUAGCCGGGUGCACUCUUAUUUUGGAGCAGUAUUCUUCUAAAAAUAAGCAGCGGGUGUUGACGAUAAAUCAAGAGCUCAAGACGUUUACGAUUAGUAAACACUCAGAUCCCGUCUAUGCACAUUCCUAUAGGGGCUAGUGAGAAAGGUCUGGAUGCUGUGUACAGAUUAUGUACUAUGUAUUUAAUUUUGUUUUUAUAUUUUAACAUAGGCAUAUAGUGUAUUAACAUUGUUCAGUUAAAAUAAGCGACCUGUAUUGCCAAAUACUUUUUAAUACCAAUGCCUUCGCUUUGUAUUUCUGUGCGAAGUUGCUUUUAACAGAUCUGUAAUGAAAUGUGCCUUACACUGUACCAUACAAAGUGUAUAUAUCCUGCCCUGUGGAGCAGACAUUAGUACUGGUUAUUAUAGAAUGGCAGCACCUUAUUUCUAAAUUCAUCAUGUAAGUGCCAAGCAGCUAUUACUAUUACCCAAGGACUGGGUGAACAAACACAAUGCUCAUGUAUACAGUUUGUGCAGAUGGAAAUAUUAUUAAUAAUAAUAUUAUGACCCAUUUUUCCAAGAAAGACCCUCCUACAUAUCCUGGCUUUUCUGGUCAGUCUAACGACCUGAAGGAUCUCAACUUUUUUUCUUUUUCUUUUUUUUUUUUUUUUAUUUGGGGACUAAAACAGCUCAUCUUGUCCGAGUAUUCUGCACUAUAAAAGGUCUAUUGAGAAGGUUCUGCCAGUCUUUGCAAGUACCAGUUAUCUAUUUAUGUUACAGGUAAAAGAUGUUCUUUUCCUAAUGCCCAAAGCCUGCAUUGUGUGUAAAAGAAACUCCUCAUGCAAUAGCUGCUACAAGAAAGGUCUGUCAAACGCAGACACUGAUGCAGAUUUAGAGUGAUCGUUUCCAGUGUUUAGUAGAUUACAGUAGUAGACUAAAGACUUUGUUACAAGAUAAGAAAGCAACAAAUACUCAUUUUUGUGUAUAUAUAAUGUGUACUACUCAAUAACUCAUGUUAAGUAGGACUGAAUAGAUAUUGGGCUAUUUCCACUGUUGGAAGCUGUGAUCUGAUAUUGCUUUAUACGUUCCUUCAUAUACCUCUAACCGUAGUCCCUUUCAGUAAAGAAAAUAAAGAUUCAGUUUUCGA